CCAGUGGUGCUGCGCUGAAUGCAGCUGCGCGCGCCCGCCCAGUGAGCCCGCGAUCUGAGCCAGGCGGGGGCGGCCCGACCUUUCCCGCCCAGCUUGGGUCAGAGGAAGCCGAAAGCGACCUCAGCAAGGUGAGGCGCCCAAGGCUGCAGAAGACCGAGCAGAACUUUGCAGAGUUCGGGAUGUGCUGGGCUAGGUCGCUGAGGACUUGACUCGCCUCCUCCCACCUUCCCUCCACCUUCUCCCGCCCCUCCGCCAUCCAGGGGGUUCGUUCCGGGUCUCCAGCUAUCAGCUCCAGGUGUCGUGUUUGAGGGUAGCGACCCCGAUUUCUGUUUGCAUGCACAGCCAGCAGCCCUAGCGCCAGAACCUAAAGCUGGAUAUCUUUUGACUGGGCUACCAGCCCGGGUCUCAAAGUUUUGAGAGCGGGCCGCUGAGCUCAGGCCCCAGCGAGGCCCCGAGCGCCAUGGCCGACCCGCAGGCUGGGUCGGCGCCCGGGGACUGGGAGAUCGAUGUCGAGAGCCUGGAGCUGGAAGGGGACGGCUGCCAGGCGCCGCGGUCAACGCCCCCCGGGGUCAGCCCGCCGCCGCCGGCGGACGGGGACGGAGAGGACGACGAGGAUGACGACGAGGAGGACGAAGACGCGGAGGAAGAGGGCGACGGCGAGGAGGCGGGAGCGCCCCCGGGAAUGCCCGGCCCACCGGAGCCGCAGCGGGGACUGCAGCCGAGGCCUCCGCUCGCGCCUCAGGCCCCGCCCGCGGGCACCGGGCCCCCAGAGCGCGGCACUCCUGCGGGCAGCGGCGCGGAGCCGCGCAAGCUGAGUCGCACGCCCAAGUGCGCGCGCUGCCGCAACCACGGCGUGGUGUCCUGCCUGAAGGGCCACAAGCGCUUCUGCCGCUGGCGCGACUGCCAGUGCGCCAACUGCCUGCUGGUCGUGGAGCGGCAGCGCGUCAUGGCCGCCCAGGUGGCGCUCCGGAGGCAGCAGGCCACCGAGGACAAGAAGGGGCUUUCUGGGAAACAGAAUAAUUUCGAGCGCAAAGCUGUGUACCAGAGGCAAGUCAGAGCCCCCAGUUUGCUGGCCAAAAGCAUUUUAGAAGUUCCCCUUGGAUUAUUCUACAGCUAUUACAGUGUGUACAUAAUGAACCAUCUUUAGAAAAUAAAAGUGACAUCAGCUCUAGGCUAUCGCCCCAUUCCAGCAGAGACUUAUGUAGGAGGGACCUUUCCUCUACCUCCCCCAGUUAGUGACAGGAUGAGGAAAAGAAGAGCCUUUGCUGAUAAAGAGUUGGAGAACAUUAUGCUGGAGAGAGAAUAUAAAGAAAGGGAGAUGUUGGAAACGUCUCAAGCUGCUGCCCUGUUCCUGCCCAACCACAUGGUGCCUGGACCUGACUACAACUCCUUCAAAAGUGCCUAUAGCCCCAGCCCAGUGGAACCACCAAGCAAAGACUUCUGUAAUUUUUUGCCCACCUGCCUUGAUUUAACCAUGCAGUAUUCAGGGUCUGGGAAUAUGGAACUAAUUUCUUCUAAUGUCAGCGUGGCCACGACUUACAGACAGUAUCCCUUGUCCUCGAGAUUUUUAGUUUGGCCCAAGUGUGGUCCCAUUAGUGACACCCUCCUCUACCAGCAAUGCCUGCUAAAUGCCACCACCUCAGUUCAAGCCCUGAAGCCUGGGGUCAGCUGGGACUUGAAGGGGCCACGAGUCCAGGAUGGACUUAGUGCAGAGCACGACAUGAUGCCGUCCAAAUUGGAAGGCUCCCUGGUGCUGCCUCACACUCCUGAGAUCCAGACCACGAGAAGUGACCUUCAGGGUCAUCAGGCUGUCCCAGAGAGGUCCGCGUUCUCCCCACCCCAACGGAAUUUCUCUCCUGUUGUUGACACGGACUCCCUGGCAGCUCAAGGGCACGUCUUAACGAAGAUCAGCAAAGAAAACACCAGGCACCCUAUGCCACUUAGACAUAAUCCAUUCCACUCAUUAUUCCAGCAAACGCGUAAUGACAAAUCGGGUCCUGAGUUGAAAAUACCAUUUGUCAAAGAGGCCUUUGAAGAGACCCCUAAGAAACACAGAGAGUGUUUAGUUAAGGAGAACCAGAAGUACACAUUUACAAUAGACAGAUGCGCAAAAGACCUUUUUGUAGCCAAACAAGUUGGAACAAAACUCUCGGUGAAUGAACCACUGUCAUUUUCUGUUGAGUCUAUUCUUAAGAGGCCUUCAUCUGCCAUCACUCGUGUUUCUCAGUGAAAGGCUGCUUAAACAGAAAGCUGGAUUUUCUGCAGUCUCAGAGUGUUCUUGCCAUUCACUAUUUUUUUUCAAAGUUAAGAUGUUUGUGUAAAGAAAUUUCUAAUGUAAAGAUGAUUUUGAAAAAUUUUAUAUAUUCAUAAUAUGCAUGUACUUUUUCUUAUCACAUAUAUUUAAACUUACGGAUGGAAAUUGCCCAAUGUGCAAAUUGUUAAGUACCAUGCUUUACACAACAUUUCAAAAAGCAAUAAAAUUGACACCGUCUUCUAAAUGA